AUGAAGAUUGCGACUUUAGCCACUAUACUCGCGGCAACGACAGCGGUUAACGCUGUACCAGUCCAACAUGAGUCUAGACAAUUAGCAGAUGUGCUACAAGGCCUUAUCGACCAAGCUGGUAAAGCCAAUCCAACAAAGGAUGGCUCAGCAGCGGCCAGUGCCGAAGAAAAAGAUAAAACACUUGACAACAGUCUCGACAGUAAACUCAAGCGCGACGAUGCUUAUGAUGAAGGCGGCAGAUUCGACGAAGCUCUCGACCAACUCAAAAAGCGAGCCGUUUUGAACGACUACCUUGGCGAACUCCUGAACUUAGCUCAACCAGGUGGAUUACUCAGACGUCAAGACGACAUCGAGAAGAAGAUAAACGAAACUAUCGCAGAUGUUAUUGACAAAUCUGUCGACGAUGUUGCUGCUAAGUUACCAACUAAACGUGAUGGAACAGGUGUGCCAAUCGUGACACCGCUCGUAGAAAAGCUCCUCGGAGGGCUUAAAGAAUCUAGCAAGCGUCAAACUGACGGUGUUGUGGAGAUGCUAGGUGAAGCUCCAAUAGUGGGUGAUGCAGUCGAACAGCUCCUUGGAAAAGAGGAGGAAGAGAAGCCAAAAUCACCAUUGGAGAAGAUCAAUCAACUCAACAGUCGCGACUACUACAAGUUCUGGGAGCCUUCUGGAGACAGCUUCCUUGCAGACGUACAGAGAGUAGACGAGGCACCUCACAAGUCUUUGGAAGAAUUCAACCACAAUGGCUAUCACCAUAAGGACCACCGUAAGCGUCAAGGCGAAGAUGCAGAAGCUACAGCAGAUUCAGCCUUGGAUGAUGACGCGCUCUCUGGACUCGACAAAGGUCUUGAUGCAUUAAAGAAGCGUCAAGGUGAAGAUGCAGAGGCCACAGCAGAUUCAGCCUUGGAUGAUGACGCCAUUUCUGGACUUGACAAAGGUCUUGACGCAUUGAAGAAACGUCAAUUGAGUGAACUCAAGGAUGCUGCUGGAAACCUUCCAGUUGUUGGUGAUUUACUCAAGCAAAAGAAUGAAACUGAUUCAGACUCCUCUGAAUCUUCAGAUCCAAGCUUGAGUGAUCUCAUCCCAAUGAAAGCACGUCAGUUGCUUCCUGAUGUCUCUGAUGUUGGUAGUCUUUUAGAGGGUGGUCAUCCAUCAGACAAAUCAGAUGGCAAGGCAGACGCCAAAGGUCUCGACAAACUCAGAGCUAGAUUGUUAGAUGAAGAAAAGCCAGAUCCUGUUGGAGGUAUUUUCGAUGGCCUGCAAGGCACAGUUAAGGAAAUUGGCGACACUCUUCCAGGAAAUGGUGGUACUGCAGAGACAUUCUUCGAGAGAAGAGCAGAUAACGACACAACAUCAGAUGUAGAAGGGUUACCAAAUAUUUUGAAGUCCCUCCAAACUACUGAGAAGACUGAGGAUGAAUCAAGCACUACUUCUUCAACACCAAAACCAAGCUCAGAUUCCGAAUCUAAGGAUCCAAAUAUCCUUGAUGACCUUACCAACACUGCUGCAAUCAAAAAUGGUUUGACAAGUGCCGUCGAAAUGAUUCCAGAGUAA